UGCCAAGUGGACCACCCGUGGCACUUAUCCCUUACUAUAGUUGAAAAAAAGUAAGAUUGAGAGAAUAAACUGUGAAUGAGAGGAAACUUAAUAGCAAAAUUCCUUCAUUUCUUUUGAUUUUAAAAGAGAAAAAAGAAAAAGAAGGGAAUUCUUUACCAUAGUCAUACAACACCUUUUUUGGUUUGAUGAUGAUAGGCACAUGGGCUGCACUGCAAUGUCAACUAAUUUUGAGUGUAUAUAUUUGAUGGUCUACUGAGACAGUUAUACAUCCCUCCCAUAUACUGUGAUCGUCACGUGCACUGCUCAUUUCCCUUUGUAUUUUCUCUGCAAAUCUUAUCUGUUUUUCUUUCUUUCUUUCAACUGGUGUAGUCUUUUCUUGGAAGGCGUUGGUACACUGUAUUUGAUUUAGUUUUUGGACCUUUGUUUUACUUCGGGGCUGGUUUCAAAGAAGAAAAAGCAAUGGAGACUAAGAGACAAGUUGGUUCUUCUUCCUCGUUCACAGCUGAUCUUUUUGGCUCCAAAGAUUCAUCAUCUUCAUCAUCAAAAGGGAUUUUCAGUUCCAUUUUUCCACCUCCAUCUUCGGUUGGAGGGAAGAACUCCUCAGGCUCCAAGGUGCUGGAAUCAUGGCCAAAGCAGCCUUUAGAAGGUUCAGCUUGGAGACAAGGUAUGCAAGCUCCACUGCCAAACAAGGAAGAAAGGGUUGAACCAUGCCAUUUAAGUUCAUCUCUUUACUACGGUGGGCAAGACUUGUAUUCCCAUCCCUCGACUUGCCAAACAUCUACAACAUCGUAUCCGUUUAAAAAAGAUGGGGGAGAAGAUGACACUAAUGGAAACAAUUCAAUGGAUGCUUCUAGAGGGAAUUGGUGGCAAGGUACUGAUUUUCUAUUUGAAAGCUUCAAGUUGGUGAUCAACGAAACUCUGGGUUUAGAGUUAUUCCUAUAUCUCAAACACUUGACUUGGAUUUCUACAGGAAUUCAUAAAGCAAAGCAAAGCCAAUAAUUAUGGAAGAACAUAAAAGCAUGAAUAAGUUGCCGACUCUUUGGAUUUCAAAUCGUUUCAGUAAUACCUUUUUCAUAAUUUUUCUCUGGAAAAUGAAGCUUGAGAAGUCCUUUAUAUGUAAAAGAUCAUGCUUGAGAUUCUGUAUCAAAAAUACCAUAUUUUUGCUUUGUAUCAAAGUUGCACAGCAAAAAUUGAAAAACAAGUAUCUUUUUCCACAA